CAGUUUUGUGAUAAUCUGAGAAAAGAUCUGAGAAAAGAUGAGGCCGAGCAAAGAGUCAAAGAGGCGGAGCCGCCCUUCGUCUCCACUCAGGGACCGAACCGCCGCGCCCUCCGCCCGUUUCGAACGACGUAGCAGCUCCCCACCGAAGCCUCGCGCCUCCGCUCUUCUCAAUCGGGACCUCGUCGUCACCGACGUCACUGCCACUACUCGCUUCGAAGAAGAGCUCGCGACUUCUUCUUCUUUUAAUAACAACCCACGAAGCUUUCCGUACAGCGUGAAGCAGCAGUGCUGGGACAAGGCGGAGAAGAUCAAAGGUCGAGACCCGGACCGGUGGCGCCGUGACCCUCUCGGAAACACCAUUUUUCGGAAGCUCGUGGGUUGCCCCGGUUGCUUAUGUCAUGAUUAUGAUCACAUUGUGCCUUACUCCAAGGGAGGACAAAGUACGCUCGAAAAUUGCCAGGUCUUACAGGCAACAGUCAAUCGAUCAAAAGGAAAUCGGACUGAGUUUUCUAGAGCCGAGCUCAUCCAGAAGAGUUCUUAUUGUCGGGUUUCAGGUCGUGACAUGGAUCUUCUCGAACUGUCAGCCUAUGGCAAUGUCCGUCGUGGACAAGAUUCAGGGGGAUGUAGAAUCCAAUGACAAUUUAAGAUGUUGUGUAACUUGUCGUAGAAUUUAUCCUAAGAUAGAAGGGGAAACUGGAGACUAGCAUUGCUAUAUGUGUCUCCCAAUUGGAUGGGAAAUAUUUGUAUCAAGUUGCACAGAAUGUCAUCCCUUACCUUUUAAUAUAUGAGAAUUUUGUCUCAGCAUUUUCUUCCU